AUGCGUCGUGCAGGUGGUGACAAAUAUAAUGGGCGGGCUGAAAAAUGGUCCAAUAAUGAGGAGUAUCAGCACUCGAUCACUAAUUCCAAAAGGCACCGGCGCUGCAAUGAUAAUAGGGCUGGGCUGCCAGUGUUGUCCGUAAAUAAAUUCAUGGUAUGGUACUUUACUAAAAACAUUUUAAGCAACUAUUCGAGAGUCUUCCUAUCUUCCGGAUCAACAACUGAAGCAGAAUAUGAAAACAAAGUCAGCAAAAUUUUGGAAACAAUAUUGAAAAGAGCACAGUCUACAAACUUACAUUUUAAGAAAAUUUGCUGUAUAGUCAUAAAAUUUGCCGAAAGUUGUAAUGCAGAUACCAAUUAUAUGAAAUUUCUGAAAUACGACUUCCUAAAGCUGUUGGUGGUUUCGUUUGUGUUUACUGACAGGAGAAAGGGAAUCCUUGAUUUCAAUUUAUACUCGAGAAUCACAGGAAUGCCUGUUGAAGAGAUAAAAAACUGUUGCCUAAUUGUUCGACCAGUUUUGAUGAAGCACCGUGGCCCGAAAAAUGAAACAGUUGUUGACGGGACUCCCGGUACGAUUGGUACGAGGCAAUUACUUGAUUGCGGCAUAGAACAGAGUGCUGGCACUAUUUCGGUUGAAGAUCGCAAAACAAAUGGUAUAGUUUCUGUUGAGGAAUCGGGUGUUGAAGUUCACGAGUCGGACAUAGAAAACUUCAACAAGAUGGGUAUAAAAAUGGUAAAAGAAUAUUUGAAUCUAGCUUAA